AUGUUAAAUGCUUGAAACGUAUCGCAUAGUAGUUGGGUUUGUUUAGCUUGUUUCGGCAAACUAGGGAUUUAUUUGAUUUUUAACUAAUUUAAUACUGCCAAACUAAUUGUAAAGCUACUAAAGAGAAGCUUUUUACAAAUAUCUCAUUCAUUAUUGUUUUAAUAAACUUAACAAACAUAACCUCAAUAUGUCUGAUGAUGAAGAAGUGGUGAUAAAGAAGACCAAACAAGUCCACUAUGGAUCUCUUGAAGAACAAGAGAAAGCACGGCUGGCUGCCCUUGCCGCCGCUGUCAGGGAAGGGGUCGAAGACAAUGGAGGAAAAGAACUUGGUGAUAUUCAAAUUUCAAGUGAAUACAUGGAACUGGAAGAGGAAAUGUCCAAAGACAAGAAAGCUCUACUGGAAGAGUUUGAAAGGAGGAGAAAAGCAAGACAACUGAAUGUAUCUACAGAUGAUGACGAGGUGCGCAGAAGUCUGAGACAACUUGGUGAGCCGGUGUGCCUGUUUGGUGAAGGCCCAGCUGAGAGGAGAGUCCGUCUACGUGAUCUGCUUAGUUAUCUUGGAGAGGAUGCUAUACAUAAGAAGUUAGAAGAGGAAGAAGCCAGGAUAGAGAGAGACAGAGGACGGGAAGGUACCUGGUAUCAUGAGGGUCCUCCGGAACUGAGAGAUGCGAGGCUGUGGAUCGCUAGAUAUUCAUUGCCUAGAGCUAAACAACGGUUAACAAAGGCCCGUGAAGAGCUGAAGCUACCAGGCAGCGUGCGCGCCGCAGCAAAACAGGAGUCACAGAGGAAGGCCUCCGCUAUGUCUAUAUAUUGCAGCCAGAUAGGUGACAGUCGUCCUAUCAGCUUCUGCAGGUUUAGUGAUGACAGUCAGAUGCUCAUCACCUCCAGCUGGUCAGGUCUGAUCAAGGUGUGGUCAGUGCCGGAGUGCACUCCGCUGCAGACCCUCAAAGGACACACCUGCAACGUCAGCAGCGCAGUCUUCCAUCCACAGGCUGCUCUGCCAACUCACUUCCAGCACAAGAUAAACAAUGCAAAAGAUGGCACAGACACGGAGUCUAUGGAGACUGAUGAAAAAUCAGAAGUUUGUACAAUGGCGUCCUGCGCUUACGACGGUAGUGUUCAUCUGUGGAACUUUGCCGGUGAAGGUCCGAUGGCGUCGUUGGAGGGUCACGGGCCGGCUCGUGUGGCGCGCGUCGAGUUCCAUCCCUCUGGCCGCUUCCUCGCCACCACUGUCUUUGACAACUCCUGGAGACUCUGGGACCUCGAGACUGCAACGGAGGUACUCCAUCAAGAAGGACAUGCUAAGCAAGUUUACAGUAUCGCGUUUCAAGGAGAUGGCUCGUUAGCUGCUACCGGUGGUAUGGACGCGUUCGGUCGCGUGUGGGAUGUGCGCACUGGACGCUGCGUCAUGUUCCUGGAGGGUCAUCUCGGCCCUGUGCUGGGCGCUGCCUGGCAUCCAGCAGGACACCGCCUCGCCACCGCCGCCGCUGACCACCAGGCAAAAAUUUGGGAUAUAAGAAAGCGAGCACCAGUUUACACGAUACCUGCGCACACGCAUCUAAUUAGCGACGUGAGAUAUCAGCGCAGCCAUGGUCACUAUCUGGCGACCAGCUCGUAUGACGGCAGCGGCAAGCUCUGGUCUGACCCCGCCUGGCAUCCACUGCGCACACUCUCCGGACACGACAACAAGGUGAUGAGUGUGGACAUAUCUCUAGACAACAAGUACAUCGCGACUUGUUCCUACGACCGCACAUUCAAACUGUGGGCUCCGGACCUUGCAUAGACAUUCACACUUUGUAUUAUAUUUAAAUAUAAGAUUUCAUACAUUU